GACGGCCGGGUUUCAACAGUUAUUGCGAUUUCCAGACGUCCACGGUCCAGCUGCCCUAGGACUCUGCGAAAUGUACGAGGACUCGUCCUGGUACAGUUUUGUACCAGAGCUCCAGCACCAACAGCCAGCGUCAGGGCCCCGAAGUAGUGGCCAUCGACGCAAGCAGUCGCUGUUACAGCAGCCGAAUAACCCUGCCGACGCCGCCGACGCCGCAAAGCCCCUCCCACCUCUUUUCGAAGACAAGGAAGAUUCCAAUUGGCCACCAGAGCCGACAUUGUCGCGAAGAGUAAAGUCUUACUCAGAUCUCUACGACCUCAUAAAGACUCAGCUGUCCAGCCAUGCCCCAGGGAAGAAGAGGAAGAGGAAGCGGAGCGCCCGUAGUUGGGAGGCUUUGGCUUUCCCAGGGUCGGUGACUGUGAGCUUGCCAGCCGAAGAGGACGGUUUUGACGAUGCCGUCGAUAAAGAACUACUCCGGGCAAGCCAGCAGGAAUACUUACUCUACCACGACGAACUGGCCAUGACCGAGCGCCAUCUCGGAACCCUCAUCGCUGACACCAACAGCGCUCUCAAAACGCUCGAAUCACUGUGCCAGUCCUUCCGCGCCGUCGACGAGCAGACCAGCUCCUUCCAGGUCCAAUGUGACGGCCUUUUGACGGAGAAAACGCGUCUCGAAGCACUCGCUGAGUCUGUCGGCAGAGAUCUCCAGUACUACACCUAUCUCGACUCGGCAACCCGCCGUCUCACUGCCCCUGGCGCAGGUCGCCUAGUUGAAGGAGGCAGCUUUGCCGAGAUUUUGUCCACCUUGGACUCUUGCAUAGAGUUCAUGACGCAGCAUUCUUCAUACCGAGACGCCGAAUCGUACCUUGCGCGCUACCAGGCUCUGCUAACCAAAGCACUGCACCUGCUCGAGGUGGGCUUUGUCAACCACCUGAACAAGGUGUCUGCCGAGAUAUCGCGCCAAAUUGCUGCGACGCAGUCCGAGUCGGCUCGCCACGCCCUCGCCUACGGCCGCUUCGAGGAGAUGGUGCUUGAGUCGUACUCGCUGAUUCCGAACCUCCAAACUGUGGUACGGAAUGCCUACGACCAGGACGGCCAGCCAUCCUCAGCUCUCAACGCCGACAUCUACGCCAACACGGCCAUUAACCUGUUCCACUCGUAUUGGGCCGCCAGAGAGCGGGAUCUCAAGACUGUUUUCCAGCACGAUCUGGACGUGCUCAGAGCGGAAGCCAAGGAGUCGAUAGAGACGGCCUCGAGAAAUUUUGUCAAGCAGUGCUUCGAGCGGUCGUACAACGAGGCCUCCCUUUUCAAGAGCAUCUUCUCCAUCGACGCGCAUUACUCGGCCGAGCCGAACUCUGCCUUCGCGGCCCUCAAGUCACAGCGCGCCGUGCUUACCGGAGCAAACGUGGCGCCCAUCGCCACGAACCUGCAGUUGGUCCUUCAAAGCAGCGACCUGGAGACCAUCUGCAAUUUGGUCGGUUGGAUCUCCCACGAGUACCUGCUCCCCGAGUACGAGGAAGACAACGAGACGCCGUUCGCGGGGCGGUGCCGAGAACUGGCGGCCAGGCUGCUCGCCGAACACCUGUGGACGUUUACCGACGCCUUCUUCGAGGCUGAGAUCGCAAAGUCCAUCACAAAAGCCGUCAUGCCGCCCGAUGCCUUCCAGAUUGGCCCCGUCACGAACGGCGACGCUGCUUCCAACGCUUUCCCUCCCAUCAAGCGGGCGCUUGAGCUUCUCGUGCUGUUUGACCAGUCCAUGCCCAAGGAGCGAUGUCAACGAAACAGCCCCGUAAUUUUCAAGAUCAUUAAAGAAUCCAUCGCCUCGGUCCAGCGCGCAGAAGCCCGCAUCCGAUCCGUCACCACAACCUCAACCUCCAAAACAAAUGCCGGUUACAGUAACACAGACCCUGACCUCUUCACCGUCAAGAACCUGCUCCUGCUCAAGAAUGAGCUGCUGACGCUCGAGAUUGGCGACGUUCGUGGUGCUGGCGGAGCUGGAGCCGGAGCCGGAGCUGACGGCGCAAGCGUCAGCAGUCGGGUCUGGGACGCUGUUCUGCACCGACCGCAGGACUUGAUUGGCGGGUUGCUGAGUAGUUUUGGGAAUCUGGGAUAUGGCUUGGGGGCGUAUAUGCCCUCGAUUCCGGGGUCGUCGCUCUGGGCCGGGACGCCUGGUGGUGUGGUGGGUGCUGGGCAAGGAGGAGAUAGUAAUGAUGCGGGGGAGCAGCUGGAUGGGCUGCUUAGGCAGAGUAUUGUGGCGUUUACGAGGCGGUGGGCCGGGUUGUUGAAUGAGGCGAGGGGCGUCGUGGCCGGUAAGCUGGGUGGGAAGAAUGUCGGCAAGGUGGAGAGGGAGCUGGAUGAGAUGCUGGAGAGGGUGUUUGGUGGGCAGCCCGAGGUGGUGGGCAAGUUGAAGGAGGCGAUUCAGAUUGAGGCUGAGGCGUUCGUACGGGCUGCGGGGGAGAAGAGGAUUCAUGUCACGAGAGUGUAGGGCGUGGAGGGAGUUAGAGUGAAUCAGGGUUGUGUCAGGUUCAACACGGCCUCACACUUGGCUGGCAACGCCUGGGCUGGUCGUGACUCGUCUGUGGUGAGCAUUCGUUGUCGGUCAGGUUCAAGUCUCUACCACUCUGUUUCGUUAGAUAGAAUUAGCCUGCAGUGGUUGUGUGGUAUGUGAGGACAUCGAAACUUCUAUAACGUUAUAUGAUAUUUGCG